GGGAAGGCUGAAGAACGGACAAGGAAAAGCAUGCCAGAGCAGGAUAAUCCUAUGUGAAAGGAUGCUGCGGUUGGCGAGAAGAACCCAAGAUGACGAAGGCCGCUUAUCUCACGACGCCAAGCCCACCUCCCCAACCCGGAAGUAAUGCGGGGAAGGCGUUGGAGACCCAAGUCUUCCAAAGUCUCCCAACUUCCUCGCAACCUCAUCGCCUUGAUUGACUUUCCUGACUGCCGUGGCUUGGAGGCUGAUCGUAUUUAGUCCUCCUUUUUGCUUAUUACCUUUCUUUCCCCCAACUAGCUGUUGCUGACCCCCACCUUCCGAUUAGCUUUAUCACUUCUUAUCUUGUAAUAGCUCGUGCUGAUCAUGGGAGACUACGGGCAAGGCGUGUCGUCACUCUCGGUACAGGCACCGGGCAGUAAUCCGCCUUCAUCCGUCACGGACUCGGAUGAGAUAUCGGUUCUGGUGACGGGCUUCGGUCCUUUCAAAUCUAAUCUAGUCAACGCCUCCUACCUAAUCGCCUCAUCCCUGCCAUCCUCAUUUACCUUCUCUCCUACGAAAGACCCCGAUGCCACUCCUCGCCGAGUCUCGAUUCACGUCCAUCCCUCUCCUAUACCCGUCGCCUACUCUACCGUCAGCACAACCAUCCCUGCCAUCACAGACGACUAUGUCAAGACACACGGCCGACGUCCCGAUAUUAUCCUUCACAUGGGCAUCGCCGGAAUGAGAAAAUUCUACUCUGUGGAGACAAAAGCCCAUCGCGACGGAUACCUGAUGUCCGACAUCAAAGGCAGAGCAGGCUACGAGGAUGGUGAGAAACAGUGGAAGGAGCUUGACUUGCCACUGUUGCUCAAAGCCGGGCCCGCGGCUGAAUCCGAGUCUUCGGCGAAAGGCCAUUUGAAUCCCCGCGCACCGGACGACCGCUUCCUAGAUGCGUGGAAGACCUUCUGUCCCCCGGAAACAGACGUUCGGAUCUCCACGGAUGCGGGGCGGUAUCUUUGCGAGUUCAUCUUCUACACCAGCUUGGCGGUGGCGUACCAGGGUGGUCAUGACCGUAACAUCACCUUCCUUCAUGUCCCUGCAACGUGUCUGGAUGAGGAUAUUGACCUUGGGAAGGAGGUUGCCAUUGCGUUGAUCAAGGCUUUGGUGACCAGCUGGAGUGAUGAGCAGGUUCCGAGCGAUGCCUAGUUUCUUUCAACAGUUUCUUUGGAACCGCGUGGAAAUUGGGGAUAUUGCAUGAUUUAUAGCAAUUUUUGCUUCUUUUCUUCUUUGCUCUGACGGUCUGAAGACUGAUCAUCUUGGAUUAUAUAUCUUGCAUCUCAUGGAUCUUAUCAGCGUCUCGAGGAUUUCGAACCGUCUGCAUCACCACUUGGCGCCGCUGUGCAUUUUGGGGCAUAUGGAAUAUUCCCGCUCUAUAUAAUUUCCGCAACCGGCCGGCUGGAUACGAGCUAAUGGAGAUUGAUGUAGUGCUCUUGGUAUUGGUUUCAAAUAGUAUGGAGGUCGUUUCUGUCGCUGUUUAUCUCUUUGAGAAAAAGCAUCUUGCUCGAUUUUGGAUUUUAUAAAUUCGGAACAUUGCCAAAUCUUCUACUAUAAGCAAUCGUCUGCGGGCGUCUACACGUGAC